UCAUAUCAGCAACGCACACAUGCAAUAGCCAGCAUGCUAUCUGCAUGGAAAUCAUCUGGUCUGUUUGAGUGUUUAAAGGGAUGGCGCAAUGAGCAGUAUACUGUCUACGGAUCCAACAACGAGCCUAUUGUUGCCAUUGAACGAUCAGCAAUUGGAUUGUUUGGUGUACGGUCUUAUGGAUGCCAUUUAAAUGGAUACGUACGAACAGUGGAUGCUCAUCACCAGUCUACCAUCAAGAUGUGGGUUGCACGACGAUCUUAUCGAAAACAAACGAAUCCAGGCAUGUUAGAUAAUAUUGUAGGCGGAGGUCUGCCUUGUGGAGCCAAUCCAACAGCCAACAUCAUCAAGGAGAGUUUUGAGGAAGCAGGUAUUUCUUCUGACAUAGCAUCUCGAGCCAUCUCUGUUGGAGUCGUCUCCUUUUGGCAAGACUCUUCCAUCAGGGGAUACAUCCCCGACACGGAAUUCUGCUAUGAUCUUGAAUUGGACGCAUCAUUUAUUCCACAUCCAGCAGAUGGCGAAGUAGAAGAGUUUUUCUUGUGGGAUUUGGAAACAGUCAAGGAUCAUUUGAGCAAGGGAGAAUUCACUCCAGAAGCUGGGUUGGUCGUUGUGGAUUUUUUAAUACGACACGGAGCUGUUCAUCCACUUUCUGAACCAGCAUUUCUAGAACUGUCGUUGUUGCUCCGUCGUGAAUUUCCUUUUCCCGGACCU